AUGGCCUUAGAGGCCAUGAGAUCCUUUGGACACGUUAAACGAACCUCCACGUCUGAUUUUUGUCUCGCGGACAGCCACGGCAAGAUACAUUAUGCCCUCAAUAUAGAUCUCUCCAACAAGCUCUUGUGGGCUCCACUUGAGUUAAAGGUCAACAAGUUCAUCAAAGGUCAGAUGUUCGUCCAAGCGCUUCUCUACAACUUGCUGCAUCUUCAUCCGAACAAACCGAUCCAGCCCAUCCAGCUCGUCCCGAGAGAGAAGAGAGAGUCUGUCAUCUAG